UACUUAUACUUUACCUGUUCUUCAAGCCAAUUUUCCUUCACCUUCAGACUCGAACUCUCAAUUUCUUUCUAUCGUCUCUCAACGUUCUCUCCAUCUCGGAUCGCUGAAGAUCUCCCCAUCUCUGAUUUCGUUGUACCCCCUCACUCUCGGCUGUUCUUCAAGUGUGAGGUUGCAACUUGUAACUAUGUCGACAUCUUACUUACCUGCCACUACUGAGUCAAUUGCUGAGGCUUUAGAAGCUAAGAAUUCAUCAGAGUCUAUCUCUAUCCUUUACCGUGUUCUUGAAAACCCUUCAUCUUCCCCUGAGGCUCUACGGAUAAAGGAACAGGCCAUAACAAAUCUUUCGGAUCUUCUCAGGCAGGAGAAUCGUGCAGAGGAUCUACGGAACCUUUUGACUCAACUUAGGCCUUUCUUUAACUUGAUACCAAAAGCGAAAACAGCAAAGAUUGUCCGAGGAAUCAUUGAUGCUGUGGCUAAAAUACCAAACACAUCUGAUCUGCAGAUUUCCCUGUGUAAGGAAAUGGUGCAGUGGACACGUGCGGAGAAGAGAACGUUCCUUCGGCAACGUGUUGAGGCCAGGCUUGCAGCUCUUUUGAUGGAAAAUAAGGAGUACCCUGAAGCCUUAAAUCUCCUGACUGGAUUAAUCAAGGAAGUAAGAAGACUGGAUGAUAAGCUCCUCCUAGUAGACAUAGAUCUCUUGGAGAGCAAACUCCAUUUUUCUCUUAGGAACCUCCCUAAAGCGAAGGCUGCUCUUACUGCUGCAAGAACAGCUGCUAAUGCCAUAUACGUUCCUCCAGCACAGCAGGGCACCAUUGACUUGCAGAGUGGCAUCCUUCAUGCGGAAGAGAAGGAUUACAAAACUGCUUACAGUUAUUUCUUUGAAGCAUUUGAAGCCUUCAAUGCUCUUGAAGAUCCCCGUGCUGUAUUUAGCCUCAAAUACAUGUUGCUGUGCAAAAUAAUGGUUAACCAGGCGGACGAUGUGGCAGGAAUAAUAUCAUCAAAAGCAGGUCUACAAUACGUGGGAAUUGAGUUGGAUGCUAUGAAGGCUGUAGCUGAUGCACAUUCCAAGCGUUCGUUAAAGCUUUUCGAGACAGCACUUAGAGAUUUCAAGGCUCAACUAGAGGAAGACCCUAUUGUCCACAGGCAUCUCUCUUCUCUCUAUGACACUUUGUUGGAGCAAAAUCUGUGCAGGUUGAUCGAACCAUUCUCAAGAGUUGAGAUUGCUCACAUUGCCGAUCUGAUCGAAUUGCCUGUGGAUCAUGUGGAAAAGAAGUUGUCUCAAAUGAUUCUAGACAAGAAGUUUGCAGGGACUCUAGAUCAAGGUGCUGGAUGCCUAAUCAUUUUUGAUGACCCGAAGACUGACGCCAUAUAUCCAGCCACACUGGAAACGAUUUCCAACAUUGGCAAGGUUGUGGACAGCCUCUAUGUUAGGUCAGCAAAGAUAAUGGCAUAAGGUUAUUGGCAUCAAAUCGACCUCUGUAGUUUUGCACUUUGCUUGCCUCGGUAUGGGACUGCAUUGUUUUUAUGUCUUGAGAGAUUCCAAAUGAACUAUUUUGUGAUUUAAAAAGAAGUUUAGUUUGAAGUUUUAGCCGCUGGUCUGUAUGGGGAAAGAUUGUUUAGGCUAUUUUCCCAUUCUUUUUGGACACAGGUACAUAUUUGAUUCUCAGGUUACUUGUUUAUCUGCAGUGAUUUCGUCUGAGUUGAACUUGAAACUUGAAAGUACCAACUAAUCAUAUUCCAGUUAUUUGAUGAAAAGUAAUGUGUGUAUUUUAAAUAUGAUCCAA